CGAUAUAUUUGAAUAACAAACAAAAUAAUGUACAUUAAAAUUAUUAAGAUGUAGAUUUUAGCCAAUUCUCAAGUUGCCCGACGUGCCAUACCUAACUAUCCCCAACUCACAUAUAUUAUUUACUAUUUUCUUGACUAGUUAUUGACCUUCGUACUAUUGUUUUCUAAUUGACACUUUUUUAAGAAAUUAGAGGACAAGAUGCAAAUAUUCGUCAAAACUUUAACAGGAAAAACUAUAACCCUCGAGGUUGAGCCUAGCGACACGAUAGAGAAUGUUAAGGCUAAGAUUCAAGAUAAGGAAGGCAUCCCUCCAGACCAACAGAGGUUGAUAUUUGCUGGUAAGCAGUUAGAGGAUGGUAGGACUUUGAGUGACUACAACAUCCAAAAGGAAAGUACCCUUCAUUUAGUACUGAGGUUGCGUGGUGGAAUCAUUGAACCCUCUCUCGUUAUCUUGGCACAGAAAUACAACUGCGAUAAGAUGAUAUGCCGAAGAUGCUAUGCACGUCUUCCACCGAGAGCCACCAACUGUCGUAAGAAAAAGUGUGGAAGGUGUAGCCAAUUGAGGCCAAAGAAGAAGAUUAAGGGUGGAAAUUAGUCACACGUCCAUGCUAAUUUAUUGGCUAUUUU